GUGUUUCUGGAGUGAAUGCAGUGAAGUCAGUGUCAGUGACGGAGGGAGAUUCAGUCACUCUACACAUACAGAGAGACGAUGAGAUCGAGUGGCGGUUUGGACAAAAGAACAUUCUCUUAGCUGAAAUCAAACAGAACAAUAAGAGCACAUUUUAUGAUGGUAGUGCUGGUGGGAGAUUCAGAGGCAGACUGAAGCUGAAUCAAACUGGAUCUCUGAGCAUCACAAACACCAGCACCACAGACUCUGGAGAUUAUAAAGUAACCAGCACUAAAACAAGGACUUUACUCAACACAUUCAGGCUUAGUGUCUAUGGUCAUCUGCCUGUUCCUGUCUUUACGAGAGACUCUCCACAGUGUUCAUCAUCAUCAGAAAGGUCAUCAAAAUGUCUGUUGCUGUGUUCAGUGUUCAAUAUAAGUCGUGUGACUCUCUCCUGGUGCAAAGGAAACAGUUUAUUGUCCAGCAUCAGUGUGUCUGAUCUCAGCAUCAGUCUCUCUCUACCUCUGGAGGUGGAAUAUCAGGAUAAAAACACCUACAGCUGUGUGCUCAACAAUCCCAUCAGCAACCAGACCAAACAUCUGGACAUCACUCAAAUCUGUUCAGGUGUGUUUGGUUCUGAUAUAGAUGAAGUGAAGUCUGGACAUCUUUCUCUUUCUCACUAA